UUACGGCAGCUCCUUUUCCUGACCGAACUAGAUAAACAAACAAAAGCAAGACAUUAUAUUGCAUAUAUUUGGGAACCAGAGAUAGUGUUUAUGCAUUUUUAUUUAUAAAUAUGUCUGCCAGGAAUAAUCCAUCCCCCUGAAUCCCCAAUAACGGAGGCUUAGAAGGGCUAGCAUCCUACUGGCCAAGUUCGCUGGCAGGCUACGUCGCUAGCUAAGUGUUUAGCUCGACAUGUUUAUUUUAGUGCUGAGACGAAGGAGCGCGACAUGAUGGCACGAAACUGUCGCAGUGUCAGCAAGUAGCUACACGCAUCUCACUUGAAGAUCGGAAGGCUGUGGGACGCAGGUAUAAAACCUGGCUUAAGUUUUAACCAGAACUGCACUCCGUAAGAACUCCACAUCGCCACCACCAUGGCGUGGGCUCUGAAGUUACCUCUCACGGAUGAAGUGAUCGAGUCCGGACUGGUCCAGGACUUUGAUGCCAGUCUCUCGGGCAUUGGCCAGGAGCUUGGUGCUGGGGCAUACAGCAUGAGCGAUGUACUUGCCCUCCCCAUCUUCAAGCAAGAGGAGUCCAACCUGCCUCCAGACUCUGAAAACAAGAUCCUUCCCUUCCAGUAUGUUCUGUGUGCAGCUACCUCGCCAGCCGUUAAACUGCAUGAUGAAACACUCACCUACCUCAACCAAGGGCAGUCCUAUGAAAUUAGAAUGCUUGACAAUCGGAAAAUUGGGGAACUUCCGGAAAUCACUGGUAAAAUGGUGAAGAGCAUUAUUCGCGUGGUGUUUCAUGACCGACGACUUCAGUACACAGAGCACCAGCAGCUGGAAGGCUGGCGCUGGAACAGGCCCGGGGAUCGCAUCCUCGACCUCGAUAUCCCCAUGUCAGUCGGCAUAAUCGACCCCAGGGCUAACCCUACUCAGCUAAACACUGUGGAGUUCCUUUGGGACCCAUCAAAAAGAACCUCAGUUUUUAUCCAGGUUCACUGCAUCAGCACAGAAUUCACCAUGCGUAAACACGGAGGAGAGAAGGGCGUGCCUUUCCGUAUCCAGAUCGACACGUUUAAAGAGAAUGAGAGUGGAGAGUACACAGAACACCUCCACUCUGCCUCCUGCCAGGUCAAAGUCUUCAAGCCCAAAGGUGCAGACAGAAAGCAGAAGACGGACAGGGAGAAGAUGGAGAAGAGGGCACCACAGGAAAAGGAAAAGUACCAGCCAUCCUAUGAAACUACAAUCCUGACAGAGUGCUCUCCCUGGCCUGAGGCUACAUACGUCAACAACUCUCCAUCUCCUGGCUUUAACAGCACACACAAUAGCUUCCCAGUUGCAGAAGGAAAUGGAUCACCAAACCACCAGCCGGAGCCUGUCGUUCAGGUAGUAGAUGAAAUGAUUCAAUGCUUCUAUGAAAAACCUGAUAAUUUGUUACCCACAGCAACACCACAGGAUGCACAACAGUGGCUUCAUAGAAACCGCUUCUCACCCUUCUGUCGGCUCUUCACUAACUUCUCAGGGGCAGACCUGUUGAAGCUGACCAGGGAGGAUGUCAUUCAGAUCUGUGGGCCAGCAGAUGGUAUAAGACUCUUCAAUGCACUAAAGGGACGUGUGGUACGUCCAAGGCUGACCAUCUACGUUUGCCAGGAGUCUCAGCAGGCACGGGAACAGCAACCGAAACAUGAAAACGGAGAUGCUGCCGCCAACACUUUCUUUGUAUAUCACGCCAUCUACCUGGAGGAGCUCACAGCUGCUGAGCUCACAGAGAAGAUCGCUCAGCUCUUCAACAUCUCACCCAGACAGAUAAACCAGAUCUUUAAACAGGGUCCCACUGGCAUUCAUGUGCUUGUCAGUGAUGAGAUGAUUCAGAACUUCCAGGAUGAAGUAUGUUUUGUUUUGGACACAAUGAAAGAUGACACAAAUGAUGGCUACCACAUCAUCUUGAAGUGAAUACUGGGCAGGAGAAUAGUGUAGCCCUUCUUUAGACCCGAUCCAGUCAGCCCCUCUAAAGCUUCACGCUCCUCGACGUUCUUGGAAUAUGUGGCGAUGCCCCCAAAACACCUUGAGGCUGCAAGGAGGAACAUGCGACUGAAGCACCUGGCCCUCUCCUCACUAUACCUUAUUGUCUUACUUUUGAGGGAGUGACUCUGUUACCACAGUGAAGUAACAUUCUCCUUCUCGCCCUGCCGUUGCCUCCCUUAAAUGGUUGCAUUUUCCUCUGUCGCUUGUGUCUCAUGAAAGGGGUUAGUGGCACUACAGCUGCUAUCACUGUUUAUUUGUUUGCUGAACAUCUGGUGUGCCAAAGCCCUGUGCUUCAGAAUCAACAGUUUGUUGUCUCUUUAAAAAAAACAAAAAAACAACCAAAAAUAGAAAAAAAAAAAAAAAAGUUACC